AUGGAGGGCCCAGCGUCACCAGAGUCACCCCUGAACCUGACACAGUGUGUGCCAGAUGCUAAGUCAGGGAAACGGUGCCUUCAGCCGAAGUCAGUUCCAUGUUUAUUCCAGUGGAAUAAUUAUUUGAAAAAGACCCCGCGACCCGGAGUUUGGGAGCGCAGUGCACGCCUUUCCCAGACCGCGGCCACAGUUGCAGAGGAUGAUGACAACUCCAAUGUGGCGAAGGAUGAGCCCUCCUCUGGUUGUAUUGAUCUGGCUCCAGACUCUACCCCCAUCUUUGAGGACCACGACUAUGCUGCAAGUUCAUUCAUUGUGGUGGGCCCUAUGAGAUAUGAAAACAUGACGAGGGAGAUUGAGGAGCUCAGGCAGCAGCUACAGUCGCAUCCUUUGACUCAUACAUUUGGACUGCAGCGGUUUGCCUCAUCACCUGAAGACACAAGGGAUUAUAAUCAUGCUUACGGUCCAUGUGUCUCCCAGGCAGAGGUGAAAAAGCUGAGUGCAGACCGCUGCAGAGAAAUGAAGGAGAUCCAGAAGCUGGAAAAGAUCAGACUGAAAAACCCUACUGACCGUCAGAGCAUCGCUGAAGUAAGUGUGCAGAAGGCUUCCUCUAAUGCCCAGAGAAACACCAGGCUCAUGGAGGAGGCCAUUGUGGACUUCCAGAGGAACAAGCUGGAGGACAUCAAGUGCAUAUUCACAGACUUCAUCACGGUGGAGAUGCUGUUCCAUGCCAAAGCCCUGGAGAUUUACAGCCACACCGUCCAAAGCCUGGAGGCCAUCGACCUGCACAGGGACUUGGAGAUGUUCAGUGGGCGUAUUUGCACACAAGACUUCCUCUCGUCCCGUGUGGACAGUCCAUUGAGUGGACAGCCUCUGUACCAUGGGCCCCACCACAGCACCAGCACAAGGGGGCCCCUUCGAGAGCUGCAGGGACCAGAAGCUGAGUCCAUACCCAGGCCCCGCAGCACCUUAAGCAGGCAGAGACACAUGGAGGAGGAGCCGGAGAAAGAAGAGGAGGAGUUGGAUGCAGAGGCCCUGCCCACCCGCCGCUCAUACACUCAGCACUACGCUCAGGCUCGCAGGUGGAUCAACUGA